AAAAUUCAUCACAUCGUCAAAAUGAAUUCAAUACUUCAGAACCUAGAAGACCCAGACCGGCCUUUCUUGGGUCCUAAUUAUUGGAUCAUAAAGAACAUGGGUUUAUUGUUACCCAAAAAUUUGCUGGCUAAAAUACUUUACAUCAUAUUACAUGAAAUAGUCGCGUUUUUUGUAAUAACUCAGUAUAUGGAGCUGUAUGUAAUAAGAUCAGAUCUGGAUCUCGUGUUAACUAAUAUGAAGAUUUCAAUGUUAAGCGUCGUCUGUAUCGUGAAAGUGCAUAGCUUCAUUUUCUGGCAGAAACACUGGCGUGAACUCUUGGACUACGUCACAGCAGCUGACAAGUUCGAAAGACAAAGCGAUGACCCUAUCAAGAGCAGAAUUGUUGAGACGUACACAAGAUACUGCCGUCGCCUCACAUACUUCUACUGGGUUUUGGUUUUUACAACAUUCCUAACUACAACUGGCACGCCUCUCAUGAGAUAUCUUUCGUCAUCCAGUUUUAGGCAAAAUAUGCGAAAUGGAACUGAACCGUUUCCGCACAUCUUUAGCUCCUGGAUGCCUAUAGAUAAAUAUCAUUCACCUGGUUGUUGGAUUACAGUACUGUGGCAUACACUGUUAUGUGCUUACGGGGCUGCCAUCAUGGCGGCUUAUGAUACCUGCAUCGUAGUAAUCAUGGUGUUCUUUGGAGGAAAGCUGGAUCUACUGCGAGAGAGAUGCAAGCAAAUGUUUGGCCCGUCUACGAUCAGUGACAGACAGUGUGAAGAAGUGGUGCGGCAGCUUCAUGGGAUACAUGUCAUGAUGUUGAAAUAUUCGAGAUUAUUUAAUUCGCUGUUAUCACCUGUCAUGUUCUUUUACAUGGUUAUGUGCUCACUAAUGCUUUGUGCGAGUGCCUAUCAACUUACUUCUGCACAAAAUGCCGCACAGAAGCUAUUGAUGGCAGAAUAUCUAAUCUUCGGAAUUGCACAACUUUUCGUGUUCUGCUGGCACAGCAACGAUGUUUUGAUCAAAAAUGAAAACAUGACGUCAGGGCCCUUUGAAAGCAACUGGUUUUUGGCGAACUAUAGACAAAGAAAAGACGUGUUAACUCUAUCGGGACAGCUUUGCAUUAAAAACAUUUUUACUGCGGGGCCCUUCGCCAACCUCACUUUGCCGACCUUCAUCAAUAUACUGAAAGGAGCUUAUAGUUAUUACACAUUGCUGAGGAAAUAUCGUGUUGCUAUGGAAAAUCAAAAUCCUCCGGAGAGAGUGGUUCCGGUGCAAUAUGGUCGAGGAUCAAGAGCCUUUCGUCAGUUUAAGAAUCCACCUCAGCCGCACAUGUGUAUACAGGACACUAUUAAGGGCACGACGGAGAAACUGUACAUUAAUGUGUUGGGAUGGCAGAAAAUAGCGAAUCCGAAACAGUAUUCCGAUCCUAUUCCUUUGUACGGUGGAAUGCAGGUGCCGCAAAACUAUGGACCCAACGCUGGUAGGCCUCCGAUGAUUGUAUUUGCGGUGAUGGUCAACCCAGAUAUACUCAAAGCCAAUGGCAAAAAUGCUACCAGCCCAACGGACCGUGAAGCCCUAGUAAGUCUCCUCUGUGACUUUGUGGAGGCUAUGAACCCAGGACUUGUGUUGGCACGAAACCCUGUCAUCAUGAAGGAUCGAGACCUGGCUGGGGAGCUGAAGGAUGUGUGGCUUGCUGUCCAGAACAAGAGGGAACGAGAAAAGGGCAUGAACCAGGAUGUUAUGUAUAAGGUCUAUGACAUAGAUGGUAUUGGUGAAGAUAAUGUAAAUGAAGAUGACAACAGUCCUAUGAAGCAAGGUGGGUCUCCGAACAGAGGGCCAAAUGGUGACAAGAAGCCUGUCAAGUCUUCUAAGCAGAUUCUUCUAAAUGCUGGUCAAAAGUCAGAGUUUGAUUCUGGUAUGAACAACUGUCAAAUAAACCAGAGCCAUGCCAACAGAGAUAAUAAAACCGGCAACACUCCUGAUACGACUUACUGCACGCCGGUGUACGGACAGAUUGUAUCCACUCGAGAAAACCACAAUCAAAUCAACGACAUCCAACAAAAGUUCUCCUCAAAUGAAAUGAAACCUUCAAGCUCCUUCAGGAAAGACUGGAAUCCAAUGCACGGCAAAACAACAGAGGGCUGGGACGAAUUCUCAAAACGUAACAUAUCGACGAUAAAAAACGACGAAAAGAAACGAUGUGUGAAAGAUAAAUCUAAGAUUAGCAAUGGUAAAUCUCACUACGAUUUCUUCCCGUAUUUUGACAAUAAAUCGGCGAACGAAACGGACGGACCCGAAGAAGACAGUAUGAACAAAGAACAAAAUUCGAUCGAUGAAAAUUCUAAAAUAAUUAUAGACCCAAUGCAGAAACUAGUUCUGCAUUCGACUGAUAAGAAUAUAUGUGAUAAUAACACAAGUGCUCUCAGCUCAAUAAGCUCAUAAAAUAAGCUUUUACAUUUUGUAUGGCAGUUGAUGUUGAAUUAUGUAAUCGCUUGUGUGUCUAUGUUGUCUCCUUAGUCACACACAUUCGUAAUUGGUUUUGGUUUGACGGAACUGCAAACCGUUUGUAUGUUUUCGUGUCACAAGGAAACCGAUUGCAAGAGUGUUAUGCCAGGGCGAAAUGUUAACCUAGCAAUAGCAAUUUAGGCAGAGCAAUAUUAUAACUAUUAUUUUAUGAUGUUUUAACAAAUAUUAAUGUUUGAGUAUGAGAUAUGUAUGCAUGCCUUGCAUUUGAUGAGUUUCGUUAGUUUUUUAGGUCACAUAAAAACCAGUCCAGCCAAAAUUAUUGUCUGUCACACAUUUUUACAAUAGUUAGUGUAAAGUUUUUAGAAAAUCGCAACUGAAUGGUGCAUGAAAAGUGUAAAUGUUUUUUAUCACCUAAAGUAAUUUAUAUUUAUGGAUCAGCUAUGUUUCGUCUCUACCACUUCUUUUUCAAUUUGGCAGACUAUUGUAACAUUAUACUCUACCUACACUACUGGCUGAUAGAAGACAUCAAAGGCCAGUUGAGUAAUGCAUGGUGGUAAGCAAGGAUGUUUGUCGGAAGUGGGUUUGAGCCCGACAUGAGCAAUAUGGAGUAUACAACAUGCUUUCGUGUGUGAGUGCGUUUUAUAUGGUUGUGUAUUAUCUAAUGUUGUUCAACGAGCGUUGCGUUGGUUCAAACUAGGCCGAUCGAUGUUACAAAAGACUGAUUUAUCUUUGGCGCAAACUAACUCUAGGUAUGCGCAGAUUCCCUAACAAAGUUUUCAAGCAUGUCUGAUGUGAAAGGACAUUAGAUAAACGAUAGAGAACGAUCAAGGUUAUUUAUACAUAUAUUAGCCUAAUUUGAACAAACAAACAAUUCUAUAAUAUUGAUAAUUUUUAUAUAAUGCUAUAUUUUUCAUUGUUGCCAUUUUACUAUAUUUAAAUCCUGAGCUUGUUACACUUUACAAUCACUGAAGGGAAAGUCGAAGAUAUUGUUCCCGCGGCCAACUAUUUGUUGUGAGAGAGUGAAGGGUCCCGCAGUAACAUUAGUGGAAGUUGGGGUCACACAUAUGAACAAACCUAUUUUUAUGCACCUCACAUCCCUCUAAUGUUACCUAGAAUGAAAAGAAAUCAAAGAGUGUUUGGAAUAAAGGAUGGAGUGGUUUAUUAAAUAAUAUUAUUUUCGAAAUUCAAUUUAAAGAGUUAAAAUUUUGCUCAUAUUAUAAAAAUAUUUAAAUUCUCAAAGUGACCAAUAACAAGCAAAAUAUUUUGCUUGUUUUAUCUCUGUCUAUUGAUCUCAGAAUUCAUUAAUAGAUUUUCUUUUCACGAUUAAUGCCUGUAGGCGUUACCCAACACUGCCAAAUGAUGCUUCAUAAACUCGACACUAGACGGAAUAAGUAACAUCGACAACAUGACGAACAAAAGCGCACACCAACAUUCCCAUCAAUCUAGAUUCUAGAAAUAAUUACAAAACUAUGUGAAGUAAUGAACAAACUACAUGUCUUAGGGCUCGCUUUGUCACAAUCAUUAAGACUGAUCUUUUCGGAUUUGCAGUUGCGUAAAUAUUUUUAGUCAUAGUGUAGUCAAACAAUGGCACUGAACAAAUUAUAUCAGAUACUUAGUUUAACAAUUGUUUAAACAUUUUAUCUGUAAGAUAGACCUGCCAGUCCCGAUAAUAUUGUAUACUAGAUUGAUUGUGGUCUGUGCGCUGUUUUAUUGAAAUCUAUCUAUCGUGGUUUUAUCUCAAAUUCGAUGUCACUUAUGCAUGUCCUAUAACUUUGUUUAACUUUACACAAUAAACAUUCUCGUCUUGAAUAUAUGUGAGUAAUUCGCAAUUAAAGUACUAGUGAGGAAUUCGCAAUUAAAGUAGAUUUUAUAUGGUUGGUUAGUCAGUAACAUAAUUCAGUCUGUAGGUACAUAAUAAGUCAUGACCUUUGUGCAAUCCCUUGGUUCUUUUUUAUUAUUUAAAGUUUUAUUUUACUAGUUAUCAUGUAUAUUUUUAUAAGCUGACCAGAGGUAAAGAUCUCAUUCCCUUUGAUGCCAGCAGCAAGCAGUUGAAUAUCUUAUCCUUUUACUAUCUAAAAUGUUCUACAAUGCUUUACUGCUCAAUGCUCAUUUUAAGUCUCCACAAACUUUUGAGGUAUAUACUGCUGUUAAAUAUAAUGUAAGUAUCGAUUAAAUUGAUGCUAUUAUUCGAUUUUUAGAACGAAUAUCCAAUGGUAUCAGCAGUGUAUCGCAAAUAAUUUAAUUGUAACAACAUAGCAUCUUUUGAUAAACGUUGAGUUACUAUUGCCUAUAACCUGUUUGUGAAUAGAAAUAGCAGAAAUGUGUGAAAAGGAAUCAAUAUUUGAAGAUUCACUUCAUUUCUUGUAAAAAGGUAUUCCAUUUUAUAUAAUAAAUUAUCACCGUUCUAGUGGUGCUGUGCUGGCAUUGUUUAUCAGAAGAUGGUAAUGAUAGACUUCAAUAGUUUUCUUGACUCAACAUUUAUUUAAAGCUCUCCACUUCAGAUCAAUGAAAUUGCAUUUAGUAACAAAAGAUUUUCUUGUAUAUUUUUGAUGUGCUACAUUUACAUUUAGUUUGGUAUUUUAUAAAGUAUUCCUUUUAACAUUAUUCAUAGUUUUUAGAUAGGUACAAUCAUUAUUGUAGUAUUUUUUGUAUGUGCCCUAGGUACGUAGUUAUGCUAUACCCAAUGUUCCUUUGAUAUAAAUUAUAUUAAUUUGUAUUGAAUUGUAUCAUCAGACAUGUAUAUUUUAAAUUUAGUCUUUAUUUUGUUAUGUUUAUUGGUGUACCUUAUAUAAAGUGAAUUUCACUUAUGAUAUAAAGAAUCUUGAUUGUUUUGCCCAUGAUUUUGUUUGAUUUUUCAGUGGAUACAAUGAUUCGAUUUUAUGUAAUUGAAAUGCUAAUCUUAUUGUAAUACUGUGUACACUCAUUACAAUACCCAUGUGCUUAUCAGGAUUUCUAAACUCAUAUUUAAUUUAUUUCUACCCAUCAAAUUUCAGGACAAGUGAUUGUGCUGUGAGUGAAAUUCAUUUUAUUUCACAUUUCUGGGUUGUAAGUCCCAAAAAUAUCUAUUAGUAGAAAUAAAGCUGUUAUAAAUAAUACAAUUCAUGUUAAAAAUAUUCUGAACUAUGUGAAGUUUUAGUAACUAUGGAAUAGAUGUAUUUUUUGAUUUUAUAAAGUAAUAAAUCUGUAAGUUUAUAAAUAUUGUACCUACCUAAUAUAAUGGAAUUUAAUAACAGAUCUCUUGUUUACAGUAUUUAAAAUUACAUGUCAUUUACAAGA